AGACUCCCUAACGGUCGGUCGGUGAGAAACUUGUGUCGCCCUCCUUUCCAUUUCUUCUUAGUCCAGCGGACCCCUGCACACCUUCAUCAUGCGUGAGUGCAUCUCUAUCCACGUUGGCCAGGCUGGUGUCCAGAUUGGCAAUGCCUGUUGGGAGCUGUACUGCCUGGAACAUGGUAUCCAGCCUGAUGGGCAGAUGCCAAGUGACAAGACCAUUGGGGGUGGAGAUGACUCUUUCAACACCUUCUUCAGUGAAACUGGGGCUGGCAAACAUGUUCCCCGUGCUGUGUUUGUAGACCUGGAACCAACUGUUAUUGAUGAAGUUCGAACUGGAACCUACCGCCAGCUCUUCCAUCCUGAGCAGCUGAUCACCGGCAAGGAAGAUGCUGCUAAUAACUAUGCCCGUGGACACUAUACUAUUGGCAAGGAAAUAAUUGACAUGGUUCUGGACAGAAUUCGUAAGCUUGCUGAUCAGUGCACAGGUCUUCAAGGCUUCUUGGUUUUCCACAGCUUUGGUGGUGGGACUGGCUCAGGUUUCACCUCUCUGCUGAUGGAACGUCUGUCCGUUGAUUAUGGCAAGAAGUCCAAGCUGGAGUUCUCCAUUUACCCAGCCCCUCAGGUUUCCACAGCUGUAGUGGAGCCCUACAACUCCAUUCUGACCACUCACACCACCCUGGAGCACUCUGACUGUGCCUUCAUGGUAGACAAUGAGGCCAUUUAUGAUAUCUGUCGCAGAAACCUUGACAUUGAACGCCCAACCUACACUAAUCUGAAUCGCCUUAUUAGCCAAAUUGUGUCCUCCAUCACUGCCUCUCUCCGAUUUGAUGGUGCCCUGAAUGUUGAUCUGACAGAAUUCCAGACCAACCUGGUGCCCUAUCCCCGUAUCCAUUUCCCUCUGGCCACAUAUGCCCCAGUCAUCUCUGCUGAGAAAGCCUACCAUGAGCAGCUGACUGUAGCAGAGAUCACCAAUGCUUGCUUUGAGCCUGCCAACCAGAUGGUGAAAUGUGACCCUCGCCACGGUAAAUACAUGGCUUGCUGCCUGCUCUACCGUGGUGAUGUGGUUCCGAAAGAUGUUAAUGCUGCUAUUGCCACCAUCAAGACAAAGCGUAGCAUCCAGUUUGUGGAUUGGUGCCCAACUGGCUUCAAGGUUGGCAUCAAUUAUCAGCCACCCACUGUGGUUCCUGGUGGUGACCUGGCCAAGGUACAGCGGGCUGUGUGCAUGUUAAGUAACACUACAGCUGUUGCUGAGGCCUGGGCUCGCCUGGACCACAAAUUUGAUCUGAUGUAUGCCAAGCGUGCCUUUGUCCAUUGGUAUGUGGGGGAGGGCAUGGAGGAAGGAGAGUUCUCUGAGGCCCGGGAGGAUAUGGCUGCCCUGGAGAAGGAUUAUGAGGAGGUUGGAGCAGAUAGUGCUGAGGGGGAAGAUGAAGGUGAGGAAUAUUAAUUUGUAUGUUACCUUUUUCUUUAUACUAGGUCUGUCUUUUUUUCUGUUCUGUGAAAAUGUCCUCUGAUUAUUAAAUGUCAAUAAAGGUGUGAUACUUGCA